CCGAGACGGUGAGUGUGUCACGGGUCGUUGUAAUGUAGCGCCGUGUGUCAUGGACAAACUAUGAUCAACCAACCAUAUGUUGAGGGAGGUCCAGAUAAUAAAGAUAUCCCGGAUGAGGGUUCACAGAUGACUGCCCCUUACGACCAUCACCAACAAACAGCAUGAACGUAACUGCAAACACUACGUUGCCGACCCCCUCUGAAUCAAGCUACUGUGGGCCGGGGCUGGACCAUUUCCACGCCACCUACCGCGGAGUCCACGGUUAUGUCAGUCUGCUAGUCUGUGUGUUUGGAUCCGUCGCUAAUGUUCUGAACAUUGCUGUACUGACCAGGAGAGAGAUGACGUCACCAACCAACGCCAUCUUGACCGGACUGGCUGUGGCUGAUCUGCUGGUUAUGAUAGAGUACAUCCCCUUCGCGUGCCACAUGUAUCUGCCCCAGCGGCCUAAGAGGGAGAGGUACUCCUAUGGCUGGGCCCUGUUCGUCCUACUGCACGCCCAGGUGUCGCAGGUGUUCCACACAAUCUCUAUCUGGCUGACAGUGACGUUGGCUGUGUGGAGAUACAUCGCCGUGGCACAUCCACAACGUAACAGAGAAUGGUGUGGCAUGCAACGUACUCUGGCAGCCAUCGCGGCUGGCUACAUCUGCUGUCCACUGCUGUGUAUCCCGCUCUACCUGGCCUUCGAGAUCGAACCUAAGAUUGCGUUACUUGGCGAAGACGGCAACGACGCCAUGCCCAACUCGACGACAGGCCAGAACACAACGCUGUAUGUCGUGGACCUCAGCGAGAUGGGCAAAGCGAACAACAACCUCCUGAUGGACGUCAACUUCUGGGUAUACAGUGUUGUUAUCAAGAUAAUCCCUUGUAUAGCGCUGACCGUGCUGAGUCUGCGGCUGAUCUGCGCGCUGCUGGACACCAAGAGACGCAGAGAGAUGCUGACCAGUAGCAGCAGCAGGAAGUCUACCAGGGUCAUGGAGAAGGAGCGACAGACAGACAGAACCACCAAGAUGUUGCUGGCGGUGCUGCUGCUGUUCCUUCUCACUGAGUUCCCUCAGGGUAUCCUAGGAGUGCUCAGCGUCGUGCUGGGUCAACGCUUCUUCCGGGACUGCUACAACAAGCUGGGGGAAGUGAUGGAUAUCCUAGCCCUCAUCAACUCCGCCAUCAACUUCAUCCUGUACUGCGCCAUGAGUCGCCAGUUCAGGACAACGUUCACGGUGAUGUUCAGGCCUCGGUGGAUGCCAGUGCCACAGGUAGACGCCAACGGCCACAACAACCACACUACCACGCAGGUGACACAGGUCUAGCGGAGAGCCAGCAAGAGGGUCCCCUGCACUUCUCUCUAACCUCCCUCUUGCCUCUCCUUCCUUACAAGUGACCUUGCCAAGGUGGAUGCCCGUGCCACAGGUAGACGCCAACGGCCACAACAACCACACUACCACGCAGGUGACACAGGUCUAGCGGAGAGCCAGCAAGAGGGUCCCCUGCACUUCUCUCUAACCUCCCUCUUGCCUCUCCUUCCUUACAAGGUGUCCCAGCUACGUCCCCAGACAUUGCUCAACUACCUAGUGUCACGUUUGUUUUUACAACGGUCGAGUCUUGAAAAGAAAGAAACAUUUUGUCACAUUAAAGAGAUGUACACUAAUAAAGUCAAUCACUCUACAUUUUUGAUCUAAUUGUUUACAUACUUAAAAAUGUGUUUUAAAAGCCAGGUAUGUGAAGAAUAAAACUAAUCUGAGCCUUGGUUUUAUCUUUUACAUCGGAACUGGUUUCGGACAGUAAAGGUUUAGUAAAUGAGGCAUAAAUGGAGUAAAUAUUAGUUAAAUAUUACUCAAAAUGUAUUAAAUGUGCUAUGUACUUUUUUAUAACAAUUUAAGAUCCGUGUAUUUACAUAUUUUACUCAUGUUGAUAUAAAUUGUGUAGUUUUUAUAAAACUGUUAAAAGUACGAUGUAAUGUUUAUUUUAUGUUGCAAUUUUAGCGAAAUGCCUACCUAAGUUGUGAGCCCCCUGGGAAGGAAUUUCGCAAAGUUAUAAAUGUUUUAACAAGAUGUAUAAACUGUACCAAAAAAAUAAGAAUAUUUUUCAUUGUUAUCUUGAAUGGAUUACAAUACUU